GUAAACUUGAAUCACUAUGAUUGGAUAUUCGUAAGCGCGCGGAUUAAAACUGCCCAGUCAGUAUCCGUCUUUCUAAAGAAAAGCGUACUCUCAUCAAUGACGCAUUUGUGUUUGCAAAACGCUCAUCGAUUGCGAAAAGCUUUAUGAUUUCAUUGUUUAUGGACUCAAGAAACUUGAAUGGUGGACUUGUCAUAUAAAUGGAAUUUUUUUUAAAUUAUGAAAAUCAUUGUGAAUACAACAAUAAUAUCAUCUAGCUGAAAGGAUUGUUAAAAAAUUAUUGCUUCAUUACUUGUUAUAUUAAUUAUAAUAUAAUUGACAAAAAUUUCAAAUGUCUCUUGAUGAUGAUUUUGAAAGACCAUUUGAGGAAUUUGAACCUCUGCAAUGGGGAGCUUUACGAGAACUGUGUCAUGCAAAUAAAGAUUAUUUUUCAACGCAUCAAGAUGAAAAUGGAUCAAGAAUCAAAGCUGGUCUUUUGGCAAUAUUGGAUCACUUAGAAAAAAUGCAACCUGUAUAUAAAGAAAUAUCAAGAAUCGCGCCAAUGUUUGAUUUCGAUGAACAGACUCCAGGAAAUGGAUAUAGAAGCUUUUUAGUAUUAGUUGAUAGAUGCAUUAUGCACUCUGGUUCGGUAUGCCGUCAAAUGUAUUGUCAAAAAGACACCUUUCUUUUCCGUAAAAGUUAUUACAUGCGAGAAAUAGAGGCUUGCUCUCAGUUGUUAGCAUCUUUAUACACUUGUCUACAAUACUUGAAAACUCUUUAUUCUUGGAGUGAUCGAAUGAAAGAUGGAAAAUUAUCUUUGUUUUCUUCUAACGAACAUACUCCCCAAGAACUUUUAAAUCAAGCAGAGAGUAUAAAUCAAUAUUGUUUUUAUGGUAGAUGUUUAGGAUUCCAGUUUUGUGACAAUAUAAAACAUAUUUUAAAAACUUUAUCAGUUUGUUUGGCCUCAUUUAGUGAAGUUUAUUAUUCCAAUGGAACAUUACUUGGACGAUGUGCUAAUUCUUUAAAAUAUGUAAUGGAUCCAGAAGCAAGAGCACGUCGUAUUGUUCAUGUAUCUCAGCAUGCAGAUGUUUCAUUUUGUCAAGCUUUCUGGUUUUUGAGUGAAAAUGAAAUGCUAUGCAGUUCAGUGUCAAUGGUAGUACCAUUAAGUAUAAAUCAAGUGAUAUCUAUACCUCCUGAGGAAUUAAUACUUGAUACACUUGACGGAGGUAAAAUCUCUAUUCCAAUACCAAACAGUCAUAUUGGGAGAAAGCCAAUACAUGUACGAUUACUUAGUGCCGUACGUCGUGUUGGAAUGGUUGGAUCUGCAGGUAUUGGAGGUGACUUACUUGGUUUAUCUGAGAGCUUGAUUAUCCAUUCUCAUGGAGGAGGUUUUGUAGCACAAACUUCUCGUUCGCAUGAAGCCUAUUUACGAACAUGGGCAGUAAAAUUAGGUGUGCCUAUUUUAAGUAUAGAUUACAGUUUAGCACCAGAAGCUCCAUUUCCUCGUGCUCUUGAAGAAAUAUUAUACGCUUACGCAUGGUCAUUGAAUCAUGCGAGUACACUGCUUGGAAGUACAGCACGGAAAGUACUCCUUGUUGGGGAUUCUGCAGGGGCAAAUUUGAACUUGGGAAUUACUUUUAAAUGCUUAGAAAUGAAUAUAAGAAAACCAGAUGGUAUUUUUAUGGCAUAUACACCAGUAUUGGUAGAAUUUGUAACAUCACCAUCUCGAUUAUUAAGUUUAACUGAUCUAUUGCUACCUUUUGGUUUUAUGAUGAGAUGCCUAAAAGCUUAUGCUGCAUUGGAUAAUAAAAAAACCUUAGGCCCUAAAGAUAAAACUCAAGGUAGCAAUGAAGUAGUAGAAUCAGAAACUGAAUCAUUUGCAGAAGUUAGUGAGAGUGAUCUUAUAGCAUUGGCUCUUAGUCCUAAUGGAGAUGAAACGAAUGAUGCACAUAAACUUGCCUCACUUCCAUCUGACUCUACAUUAAACUCUGUAAGCCUAGCAGAUGUCGAUGGCAUAGAUCAUCCAAAACAAGAAAUUAGAUCUCAAGAAUAUAUCCAAAAAUUUUUAGAAAUGUAUAGAAAUUCAAAUAUAAGUACUUCAGUUCCUGUACUAAAUAAUUAUAAUGGUACAGAUGACAACCCUCCAAGCAAUGGCAAAACAUGGUCACUUUUUGGAUGGCCUCUUGGCGGAGAUAAAAAAGAAAUUAGAGAACUCGAUACGGAAAGAGCAAAAAGUCCUUCAGAAGAAUUUGUGUUCACAGUUCCCAAAGAUCCAUUCUUAAGUCCAUAUCUUGCAUCAGAUGAUCUCUUAGCUCGUUUACCACCCACAAAAAUUUUAACAAUGGAACUGGAUCCUUGUCUCGAUGAUUGUGUCAUGUUUGCAAGAAAACUAAAAUUGCUAGGGAAUGUAGUGAGUCUUGACAUAUUAUCUGGUUUGCCUCAUGGAUUUCUUAAUUUAGCACCAGUUUCAAAAGAAGCAUAUGAAGGUUCUGAACUUUGCAUUAAAAGGAUCUUGGAAUUAUUACAGAUGUAAUUUUAUAUACAUAUAUAUAUAUAUAAAAUUAUACACAUGGUGUAUAUGCUAAAAAGCUUUGUUAAAAUGUGAUGAUCUGUAAAAGUAUUUCAACUUGGCUUGUGAUUAUUUAAAAAAUAUUCAAUCGAUUUAUGAGAUUUGGUAAUGUGUAUACAAAAUUUAUUAUGUAAUCUCUGAUACAGUUAAUCCCUAAUUUAUGUAUUUUGUAAUAUAUGUAUAUGGUUACACAUUUUUUAUUAAUAAUUUUGAAAUUUAUAUUUUGCAUAUAUAUAUAUUUUAUUUAUUUAUUUUUAAUCGUAUAAAUAUAAUUUAAUUCAUUUAAUUUUUUAUUAAUAUUUAAUUUCGAUUUAAUGGUGUGUUCAAUCAAAUCUUUUAAUUUAUGGAUCCUUUCUCACGAGUCUAUAUUUCGUAAAUAAUGCAAGGAUGAUAUCAUUGAUUGCUACAUAAAAUUAAAAUAGUCUUUAAAUUUUUAUAUUUGUAUUGUUAUUUAUGUACAGGUAACUCCAUAACAUUUGAUGCAACAGUAGAUGUAAUAACAAGGCGCUUUAUUUAUAGAAUUCAAAAACAAAUAUAAUUUUGUGAUGGUAAAGAAAAAGAUGAAAUGAAGUAAUGGAUAAGAAAAUUUAUUAGUUGAUAAUCUGUUGAUUUGUUUGAUCUGCUCGAGCCCGCAAUGUUUUUUGUAAAACAUGCGCAUCUGCAGGUUCUAUUCUUUUAUAAUAAUGUUCUUUUGUUUCCACUAUUUCAAAUCCAAAUUUUUUAUAGAAAUCAAUCGCCCCUUCAUUACUUAUUUGAACGUGA